GCAGGCCAUAAGAGGAAGAAAAGAUUGCUCAAAGUGGUAACACCUGCUGCUGCAAACUGAGGAGCGGCGUGCACAAAUCUAGGUGACAGGAAGGGCUUAGCCCUCUUCCACACGAAUGGAAAAACUUUAACAGCUGCCUAAGCCGUAGACCGCCGCGUGGGAAAAGUUUACUCCGCGGUUUUGCUGAGACGCCGGAGUCUUAUUUCUGAGCCAGGUUGGAAGGACUCUCGCGAGAGGACGCGGCCGUCUAGCACUGAAGGUCCUAAGCAGGAAAGUGAGAAAAGAGCUCAGCAGAGUAGACCAGAGGCAUCGCGCCAGCCAGCUCCGAAAGCAGAAGAAGGAGGCGGUUCUGGCAGAGAAAAGACAGCUGGGCAGCAAGGAUGGUCCUCCUCAUCAGGUGCUGGUAGUGCCUCUGCAUGACAGGAUUUCCUUGCCAGAGGCCUUUAGGCUGCUUCAGGAUAAGGACACUGGAACAGUACACUUGAAUGAGUGGGGAAGCACCCAUAGCUUUGUGCUGUUAUGCCCCCGCUUGAAACAUCGGUGGUAUUUCACAUCUGCAAGGCCAGGGGAUCUGCACGCUGUGUUAGACAUGGCUAAAGUGGCGGAUACCAUCCUUUUUCUCCUUGAUCCACUAGAAGGCUGGGACAGCACUGGGGAUUACUGCCUUUCCUGCCUUUUUGCCCAGGGCCUUCCUACCUAUACACUAGCUGUCCAGGGGAUUUCUGGCCUCCCACCAAGGAAACAAAUAGAUGCCAGAAAGAAGCUAAGUAAAGCAGUGGAGAAGCGCUUUCCUGACGACAAACUUCUCCUGUUAGACACACAACAGGAGGCACAGAUGCUGCUCAGGCAGUUGGCUAACCAAAAGCAACGACAUCUUGCCUUUCGAGAUCGACGGGCCUACAUGUUUGCUCAUGCUGCUGACUUUGUGCCUAGUGAAGAAAAUAACUUGGUGGGCACCUUGAAAAUCUCAGGCUAUAUUCGUGGACAGACUUUGAAUGUAAAUAGCUUGCUGCAUAUCAUUGGACAGGGUGAUUUCCAGAUGAAACAGGUAGAUGCUCCUAUAGACCCUUUCCUUUUAAAUCCUAGAGUGGUCAAAUCACAGGACUCUGGAGCUGCAAUGGAGAUUUGUGCUAUGGAUGCUGUGGUUGAUAUGGAGGAAGACCUUAAGGUCCUAAUGAAGGCAGACCCUGAAAGACAAGAAUCUUUGCAAACAGAGGUUAUCCCAGAUCCAAUGGAGGGGGAGCAAACCUGGCCCACAGAGGAGGAACUGGAUGAGGCAAAUGACUGCUUGAAGGAAAGUUCCAAGGUGGUAAAGAAGGUUCCCAAAGGGACAUCCAGUUACCAAGCUGAAUGGAUUUUGGAUGAGGAUGGUGAAAGUGGUGGGGAAGAUGAAUAUGAUGAUACAGAACAUGAGGAUUUUAUUGAAGAGGAAUCUCAGGAUGAGAGCAGUGAAAAGGAAGAGGAGGAAGAAUGUGAAACUAUGACUAUAGGAGAGUCUGUGCAUGAUGAUCUGUAUGAUGAGAAUGUGGAUGAAGAGGCUGAAGAAAAAAUGUUGGAGAAAUAUAAACAAGAAAGACUGCAAGAGAUGUUUCCAGAUGAAGUAGAUACCCCCCGUGACGUGGCUGCAAGAAUUCGAUUUCAGAAAUACAGAGGCCUCAAGAGCUUCCGGACAUCUCCAUGGGAUCCUAAGGAAAACCUUCCUCAAGAUUAUGCUCGGAUCUUUCAGUUUCAGAACUUUACUAAUACUAGGAAACGCAUUUUUAAAGAAAUUGAAGAAAAAGAGGUCGAAGGAGCUGAGGUUGGCUGGUAUGUCACACUUCAUGUCUCUGAAGUCCCUAUCUCAGUGAUUGAAUACUUUAAGCGAGGGGCACCCUUGAUUGUAUUUUCUUUACUACCUCAUGAACAGAAGAUGUCAGUACUGAAUAUGGUGGUGAGCCGGCACCCUGGCAACACUGAGCCUGUGAAAGCUAAGGAGGAGUUGAUCUUCCACUGUGGGUUCAGGCGCUUCCGAGCCUCACCUUUGUUCUCUCAGCACACUGCAGCGGAUAAACAUAAAUUUCAGAGAUUCCUGACUGCUGAUGUGGCCUUGGUAGCGACAGUAUAUGGCCCAAUCACGUUUCCUCCUGCAUCUGUACUGCUUUUUAAACAGAAUAGCAAUGGAAUGCACAGCCUCAUUGCCACAGGCCAUCUGUUGUCAGUGGAUCCAGACAGAAUGGUCAUCAAGAGAGUUGUUUUGAGUGGUCAUCCUUUCAAAAUUUUUACUAAGACGGCAGUAGUGCGCUACAUGUUCUUCAACAGAGAGGAUGUGUUGUGGUUUAAACCAGUGGAACUGAGAACAAAGUGGGGCCGCAGGGGACACAUCAAGGAGCCUUUAGGUACUCAUGGCCACAUGAAGUGCAGUUUUGAUGGGAAGCUAAAAUCUCAGGACACAGUACUGAUGAACCUCUAUAAACGAGUUUUCCCCAAAUGGACUUAUGAUCCAUAUGUACCAGAACCAGUACCAUGGAUGAAAAGUGAGAUCUCUUCAACAGUGCCUGAGGUGGAUAUGGAGUAAUGGAUUCACUGGGAUUCUGUCUCAUUGCUGCUAGUUAGCACUCUAGGGAUGGGAUCCUACAGGUUGUAAUUGGACAAAGUUUGUUUUCUACUUUAGCCUAGAGGUCUGCUGCCAGUUUUGGCAAAAGGCUUUUCUUGGCCCUGAUAAGUUGUCUCAGUAAACUAUGGAUGUUUUUCUCUUGCUACUUACUUAGUAAACAAAACAAAACUAUUACUGAAACAUCCAUUUUCCAGUAGGAUUUUGAAAGCUGUUUAAGAGGGGAAGAUAGGAAGUUAAAGUAACCAGGAAACAAAAUUUCCAAGUAUCUCAAGACACUGAAUCCCAUCUCUUUUGCAUAAACUAAACAGAAACAGAUUGAUAAGGAGCUGGCCUUUCAGCCUGCUUCACCCAAGUUAGGGAGGUUAAGUCUACAUUUCCGCCACUGAGUACAAUACAAAUGUUCUUCACUUCUGGGGAAACUGUUUGAAAAUGCUGAGACAGCACAGCGGCCACUCCAACACCAGCUGUAGGUUCAAUAAGCAGUUUCAUCCUCUCCCACACCAGCUGGGUUGCAUACUGUUGGUAUGAAAAGGAGUAAGAAUUAGUGAAAUGGGAGAAGGAGAAAGAGCCUCGUUGGUUGGCCUUUACAGUUAAAGGCCAGAUGGGGUUAUAUGCCCAGUCUGAAUUUUCUUCUUGGCCAUAUGUAUAUGCUUGCCAGGGAAGGGCAGGGCUUUUUUCCCAUCCUUACUCUGCUUCUGUUGAGAGGAUUGUCUAAUACAUCUGGGGCACCCUCCCACAUGUCAUGAAGUCAUCUAGUCAAGUCCCCAGGGAGUCAGUUUCUACUUAAAACAGGAGAAGAUUCUUUUGCCUAAGAAGUUGAUCCAUUGUUUUGUAUUUUCCUUUUCUAUUGGAGCCUCACCUUAAUUUCAUCCUCUGUGACCGUGAAGACAUCAUCCACGAGGUCCCUUAUAAUAGGCCAGGUGUUUAAGCCAAUGCUGGAUUUGACACCAUCUGCUAUGGUUUCUGGAGGAUAGGGAUUGGGGGUCAGUUCCCCUUUCAGCUUGGACUGGUAGCAGUCAUCUGCAUUCAAGGGUUCAGCAGCAUAUACCUUCACGCUAGGUCUCAGAGCCUGGGAAGAGGAAUAUUAGAUAUUUUACAACUAGCCACAGCAUUUUGCUUUGCAUGCGUGCAGUAAAAUAGGCAACAUAGGUAACACAUUUCUGUUAAGUAAGAGCCUUUCCUUUGAUUGAUGUAAUGAAAAUAGACCUUUAAGCAUUGUAAAUUGUAUCCCUAAUACUGGCCUUAAGUUGCUUAGAUCAUAUCUGGUUCCAUUGAUAACUUGGGGAAAGAGUAGCCCCUGGAUAGUGGGUUGUUGAGGUGGAAUUAGGGAAAGGACUAUGAGGGUGUCACUCAUUGUAACUGCUUUUGUGCUGUCCAGUUGUUAUGGAUUAAGAACAAGGUAGUGAGGCAGAGAAGAGCCUUCCAUUUCAAGUGCCAAGGGAUGAUGGGAAGGAAUAGCAAUUGGGAGGAAUGUUGAACCAAGUAUCCAUAGUGUAGUAUGAUGUAAAAUAAAAUUUGCUAUGCCUGAA